CCUCUUUCCUCUUAGGCUCGGAGGCUGCGGCUGCGGGCAUUGCUCGCGCUGUUGCUGCCGCCGCUGCCGGUUUAUGACCAUGGCUGCGCUCGCCCUUCUGGCUUUGCUCCUUCCCGGUGUACUGGGCAAUGAGUUUAGUGUGUUAAGAUCACCAGAAUCUGUUGUUUUCCGAGAUGGAAAAUGGCCAAUACCCGGAGAUCGAAUUCCAGAUGUGGCUGCAUUAUCCAUGGGCUUUUCUGUGGAAGAAGAUCUUUCAUGGCCUGGACUUGCUGUGGGCAACUUAUUCCAUCGUCCUCGAGCUACUGUUUUGGUGACAGUGAAGGGAGUGGACAGUUUGGGUUUACUCAAGAAUGGUGUUGUUUCAUACCCUCUUGAGAAUGCAGUUCCUUUCAGUCUUGACAGUGUUGCAAAUUCUAUCCAUACGUUUUUUUCUGAGGAAACACCUGUAGUUUUGCAGUUGGCUCCUAGUGAGGAAAGAGUGUAUAUGGUGGGGAAAGCAAACGCCGUGUUUGAAGACCUUUCAGUCACUCUGAGGCAGCUGCGCAAUCGCCUGUUCCAGGAUAACUCCAUUCUUAGCUCUCUGCCUCUUAACUCUCUGAGCAGGAACAAUGAUGUUGAUUUGCUAUUUUUCUCUGAGUUACAAAUUCUGCAUGAUAUUGCAGCUUUGUUGUCCCGACACAAGCAUCUAGCCAAAGAUCAUUCUCCUGACCUGUAUUCUCUGGAGCUGGCAGGCUUGGAUGAAAUUGGAAAACGCUAUGGAGAAGAUUCUCAGCAAUUCAAAGAUGCUUCACAGAUCCUUACCGAUUUUCUACAAAAGUUCGCAGAUGAGAUGUAUGAUCUUUAUGGUGGGAAUGCUGUCGUGGAAGUAGUAACAGUAAAGUCGUUUGACUCCCCCCUUGUGAGAAAGACACGUUCUAUUCUUCAGGCGAAACAGAAUAACAAUCCAGGAAAUCCGUAUAAUCUUGCGUAUACGUAUAAUGUAAACUAUGCAGUAGUCUUCAACAUAAUUCUCUGGAUAAUGCUGGGCUUAGCCUUAGCUGUGAUCAUCAUCUCUUAUGGCUUGUGGAACAUGGAUCCUGGAUACGAUAGCAUUAUUUAUAGGAUGACAAAUCAGAAGAUCCGAAUGGAUUAACCUUUUUCUGUGCCAUCCUAAUAAAGGAAUAUGGAAACCACCCAUAUUGUAUUAAGAUAAGUCUUUUGGUAUGGUUUAAAGUGGAUAUUAUAUUUAAAAUGUAUUAAAAGACAAGAUUUGUUUUCUAUUUUGUGUGUACUUGUAACCAUUUUUCAAAGUGGGUAAUAUUUAAGUGAAAUUGUGACAAUAAAUCCUUCACUCUGCUAUGUUAUUACAGUGGCAUUAAAAUAAUUUCAUUCCAUUUUGAUUUUGGAAAUAUGCACUGGAAGUACUUUAAAUAUUUUUAAAUGUUAGCCUGUGUUGCUCAUCUAUGUGGAACAAAUGCACUGAAAGUAUAAUAGAAAUUUUUUGCCGAGUUCUUUAACAGUAUGGGUAGAAAUCAUCUUUAGAUUGUUAUGUAUUAUGAACUACUUGUAAAUGUCUUAAGGUGAUGUAAAUAUCUUGAACAGUUACUAGAUGAAGGUUUUUAUGAUCUACAGAAGUCCUAAAAUGGGGGAAAUGCUUAUACACAUAGUUUUAGAAAAAUAUUCUCGUAGACAGAGGAUAACUGGUUUUUUAACCUCUUUUGAAAGUUUGGUGAUCUGAUAAGAGGUGGUUAAGACCUAGGAAAGGAAACAUGUAGAGUAUUUGACUGGACUGGACCCAGGAGACCAGGGUUCUAAUUCCACCUCAUCCCAUGUCUAGCUAUGUGACACUGGAGGAGUCACUAACCUCUUUGGGCCUCAGUUUCCCCUUGUGUAAAAUGAGGGGGUUGGACUAAAUGUCAUUUCGGUUCCUGCCAACUCUGAAAUACUCUCAUCUGUCAGCAUAUGGUAUUGUGAAUUCUUAUAGUUAUGCACACAGACAUACUUUUCUGUAUGGUGGUAUUUUUGGGAAUGGCUUGAGUUGAAAAUCCAUUUUUCAUUUUAAUGUCUGUUUUUCAACUCCUAUAUUAGUUGGUAAGGUUGGUGUUAACAAUUUCAUUCUACAGAAUGCGAGAUGGAUGAUUCCUACUUUUUGAAUGUGGACCAAUGUUAUCAAGCUUAUAAGUGACUGAAAUAAAUAAAAGUUGAUAAGGAUUGCAAA